GUAUGAUAUAACAACUAUGUAUAUGUCUUUUCUUGUCUUCCUUCUGUUCAAGCUUGACUUUAGAAAUAACAUCACAUCAACUCGACCUGCUAAUCUUGCGGUAACCAACAAUAAUUACUAUACUUUUACACUUAGCAGAAUUAUUUUGGUGAGCCACUGAGUCUUGAACCACUGGAGAAUUAUCGCAGAUCAUUGAAUUUAUUGCAGUAUGAGAAAUAUUUUAGGAUGGCAAGGAAAGUAGUAUGCAGGAAUUCAGUAGACACACAUCUAUACCGUGGUUCAAAUGCUUUUUUGAUCCCAGAUUCUCCUAUAUUGAAAGGAUACUUAUCUCUGCAAUAUUGACAAUCGCUUUUGUCUACGCAUCUUCAUUGGUGUAUGCAGUCUGCAAUAAUGUAUUGAGUUAUCCACUAGUAACAAACAUAGAAUCGUUGCAGUAUCCAGCAUGGGAACAACCUUUUCCAACUAUUUUCAUUUGUCCUCUGAAUAGAAUCAGUAAAGAUGGUAUUACUAAACAGGUGGACAAAUGGAUCCUUCCCAAGAAUAUAAGCAAAAGAGAAAUGAUGUUGAAAUUGAGGUCAAUACCUAAUGGGGCUUAUAGAAUGACUAAAAUUGACUACCCUGAAAUCAUUGAAGAGACAAUGGCAAUGAAUAAUGUAUCUAUGAGAAGACUUUUCGAAGAGAUCACUCUACCUUGUGAAGAAAUGAUUGGUCUCUGCAAAUGGAAAUCAAAGGACAUUGAUUGCAGAGACCUUUUUGAAAGAGUUAUACAACAAGAUGGUCAUUGCUGUGCUUUCAAUUACAUUCAUCCAAAGCAAGAGGUCAAAAAAAGGAACAUUAAGAACAUGGAAAAAAUGUCUGGUUCAGGCUUUGCUACUGGUCUUAAAAUGUCAUUGUUCAUUAACUACUCAGAUGCUUUUUCUAGUUUUUCAUCUUCUUUGGGAUAUAUUAUAUAUGCGGGAGAUCCAGGUAGUUAUACAGAUGGUAGGUCUCUAGGCAGAAUUCUUCGACGGAGAUCAGCUAAUUUUUUCAGUUUCACAUCCACCAGAAUAGAACGAUCUGAAAAUAUAAUGCGACUUCCAGUAGAAUAUAGAGCCUGUUCAGGGCCAGAACAUCAAUUAUCUGCAUUCAGAAAAUACACCAUGUCAAAUUGCAAGACAGAGUGCAUCAUGAGGCUAUGUUUGAAAAAUUGUCAAUGUUUGCCUAUAAUAUAUCCAAAAUAUUCAGAUGAUCAACGAUAUUGUGAAUUCUCAGAUUUUAGAUGUUUGAGUACCCUUCGAGGUGCUAUUAACUACAUUUCUUCAGGCACAAAUCUGACUCUGUACACAGAUAACAAGCUUGAAAUAGAGAAUGCACGGCCCUGCGGCUGUCACCCAUCAUGCAGCAUUCAUCACUCGUUCGACGUAGCUGUUUCUUCCAGUCCCAUAAACAUGGACAUCUUGGCUAAGGACUUGAAAACCAACAUUAGCCUGGACAUAGCUAAAGAGAAGUAUAAGACAAUGGAAUAUUUCUGUGAUGUAUAUGUAUAUAGUCAAGGAAACAUGUUAACGAAAAUAAUCACAGAUAUCAAGUAUGAUGUUACUGAGCUAUUGGGCUUUAUCGGUACAAUAGCAUCAUUCACUAUGGGAUGGAGCAUAAUUUGUUUGAUAGAAAUAGUACAUUUUCUAAUACAACUGGCAUUGAAGUACUUUAUCAUCAAAAUAGAGAACGCAAGAGAAGUGGAAACAAUUGCAGUACAAUAACUCGCUUAGAAAAAACUGUAAGGCAAUAUGCAGAACCUUUCUGCUAGUUAUUAAAGAAGAUUCAACUCUUUAACCAAAGGAAUCGCACUCAAGUAAAACUAAUUAAAUGACAGCAAAGCUUAAUCAACGUUCAAAUAUUCAUACCAAUUUUCUUGUAUUACGUUGUGAUUGGACACUCUAUGAAAUACUAUAUGGAUAGAUUUGAGUUCCUUUUGGUGUGGUACACUCCUUUACACAAUUAAUUAAUCCGUAGAAUUAUAGAACACGGUUUGAUUCAUUUUUAU